AUGGAUAUUGAAGAUUAUAAAGAAAUAUCUAAAGAGAAGGUUGAAUUAGUUCCACUAAGUAAGAUUUUAAAGCUCAUAAAAUAUACAACAGACUCAAAGUUCUCAAAAGAUUCAGUUAGUGGGAUUCAGUUAAGUAUAUCUCACUUUAUUUCUGAAUUAGUUAAAGAGUCUGAAAAGCAUGCUAGGAUUCGUACAAAGAAACAUAACAAGCAUAUAACUGUAACUAUUCAAAAAGAAGAUAUAAUAGCUGCACUACAACGUGGUGGAAAUAAAUAUCACUUUAUAAAUUCAUCUAUGGAAUUUUUAGAUGACAAUAAUUGGAUAGGGAUGCCAAAUGAAAAUAGUGACGAUAAAGAAAAUAUAGAAAUAGAUUCUUUUAGUUCUGAAAAUGAUAAUGCCCAAACAAAAUUUUCCAAUAAGUCAAGUAAUAAAUUAAAUAUGUCAGGAUGUAAUUCGAUCUUAAAUUACUUUAAGUUAAAAUGA